UUUUUUGAUCACUUCGCAUUCGCAAUCGCAACGCAUGCUGAUGUGAUGAGGGUAGAAUUGUUCAUUCAUACUAGAUUUUUUAAAACAAAAUUUUUAAAAUUUAUCGGUGUUUCAGUAUUAAUAAUUAAUGUGCAUGUGUCAAAAUUAAACAUGAGAGCAUUCGCCAAAAUUUUAUUCGCAUGUGUUUCAAUACAUUCUUGCUGUGCUGUCACGAAGCUUCCUACCAUGAAACUUGUUCAGAAAGUAAUGCUUCCCGAAUCCAAUGAAACGGAAAUAAUAACAAGCACGUUAGCGUAUCGUGUAAAAGUAGAAAACAGCACAAAAAUAGCAGUGGUAUCGUACGGCGGUAUUUUCCGAGCUCCUUAUAUAGCUGAAGUUUUCAAUAACUGGACUAUGGGCAGAGGUUUAGAAUUAGAAUCUUUGAUAGAAUGCGACGCUUUUGGAAUAAUAGAUCCAUUUGCUUUAAAUGAGACAGAUCCCACCGUUAUCCAUUUAUUAGCCUCAGAGCAAAUUCUAUACAGAGGAAAACCUUUAGCAUUAUUCCAACAAGAGACCAUGAAGUAUUACGAUUACAUUUUAGCAACAGACAAAAAAAGUUGGUUUACUUUACGCGAUCUUGCUCCCCAAGACAUGGUGGAUAAAAUAGAACUACUUUCGUUGUACGAUCCAUAUAGACGAGGCGUCGAUAUGCCGGAUAUUUUCUUCGCAAUGUAUCGUAGGGAUUCGGGUAGAAAAUUUCAGUGGAUGACUAGUGUUAUUCGCCAAACUGUGAAAACAUUCAUGAUCACUCAUUUAGAUGGUAUGAAAUAUCGAGCUGGACUUACCACUACAACCACAACUACUACUUCUCGAGUUACAGAUUCAUUGGAACUAAUGAGUUAUCAUGAUCAUGAAGAAAUGAAUGACGAUAUUAAUGCAGAAUUUGAUUAUACUGUUCCUGCAUUUUGAAUUCAGUUGGUUAGUGCUCCAGCCUAUAAUAGUAGAUAGGUAUAACCAUGUGUAACUUAUAAGUAUUAUUAUGCAUUCGUAGGAAAUUGGUUGAUCGUCUGUUGAAAAAGUUAUUGAAAAAAAACAUUUUUAUUUAAUGACCUACCUAAUGAUUCACACAUCUGCUUUCGAAACAAAAAAUAAUAGGUGUGAUGUGAAAUCUUCUAUAAGAGUCAGGACCUUUGCAGUCGUACAGCAACGUUCAAAUUCCAUUAAUCUUAAUCGCAAUCAAAAUUAUGAUAGCAAAUUAGGUACCUAAUAUAAGUAUAGAUUAAAAAACAUUUCUAGAGAAAUUAAGUUGAUUUACAUAUUAACAACUCUUUGGUAUUCGAUUCAAAUGAUUUAUUCAGCAGAUAAAAUAUAAAAAUUAGUAUCGACCUAGCCACUAGUCUUUAUUAAACGGAUCAAAUAUAAAUUUGAAUUGCAGAAAAAUGUUGAAUACCUAAUUCAAAACACUUUUUAUUUAAUUAUUUGUGAAAUUGUUUUCCGAUCUGUUCUUUAAAUUGACCCUAAUGUAAUGGAUUUUGUCAACGCUAUUAAGCUGAUAUGUGUUUUUUUGUUGUAUUCAUCACAAUCGGAAUGCACAAAGCGCGUGAAACAAAAGAGUGUUCUGUUUGUUUGCGAAAAGACCUUCGAAUGUCAAGGAGUUGUUAUUGUAAAUGUGUUUAGACAUCUGGCAAAAGCCUAUGGACUCGAGGACGUGUGGACCUGUGAUUUAGCCGGUGUUGGCUGGAGAUUUGUCGGAAGUGGUACGAAUUUAAGAAAUAAGCAAUAUCUAAAUAAACUAGGAAUUCCGUAUGAAAAAAUGUAUAUUGUGCGAAAACUAAAACCUGAUGAUUUCUUCAAGUACAAAUUCAUUUUCGGAAUCGAUACGAAAGAAAUGCCCCGUAUUAGACAAGCGCAGCCUGCCAAUUGUACCGCCAAAGUUGCAUCUUUUCUAUCGUAUGUUCCCAAAAAUGUCACCGUUACUAGAAAUAAUUGUCCGGAUUAUCAUAAUGAACAUUUGGAAGAAAAUUAUCAAUUGGCGGCAGUAGCCUGUCCCGUCCUAUUCAAUAAACAUUAAUAUCGCAUACCUA